UAUGUAUGUAUGUAUAGGCUCGUUUAAGCUCGUUUAGGCUGGCGAGCCCAUUAAUUGAAGCUCAGCUCGAGCUCGUUUAAUAAAUGAGCCUCAUAUUUAGGCUCGAGCUCGGCUCAGGCUCCUUUAAUUCGAUCUCGAGUCGAGCUUUUAACGAGUCGAUCCCGAGUAGCUCACGAGUAGAUCGGCUCACUUACACCCCUAGUUGGCGUCCGUCUACCAUCGGCUCACCGGAAUUCAAGUCGGCACCCACGCCGCCAUAUUCCAGAUCUAUGAUUUCUGCAUCAGAUCCACCACUAAAAUCCACCAAUAAUGUCGUCCUCUUCCAUCUCGUUAUCUGUGAUUUAAGUCGGUAAUCGCCGUUACCGACAACCGCAACACCACCGACGACAUGCGAUGCUAGAUUUACGAACUCCGAUGAGCAGCGAUACCAAAUCAACCAGCAACGAAAAACAACAAGGUCAGAUCUAUGAGUUAUGUAAACGACACGGCUCCACAAAAUCGCCUCCUUCCAGAUCUAUUUCAUCUCAGAUUGUCUCCAGUCACAUUAUUCAUCUCCGACGACCUCUUUUAUUCUCUGGCCGCUUGCAACUUACCGGUCAUCUGAGAAGAAAUAACUUCAAAGCUUCUUUGUGCAGGAAAGAGGACGUUUUAGAGAGAGACUAAGAGGAGUGGGGGUCGCCAACGGGCUCGCUAAGCUCGCCAGCGAUCAACGAACACCACCCCUAGCUCUCGCUAGGGGGGUCGUCACCAGAGCCUCGUUAAAAUUUUGGCGAGAAGAGAGAGAGAGAGAGUGAAGGUUGAAUUUGAUUGGUGCUUGCAGGGGCGGAUGAAACAUACAGUGAUAAACCAAGAAAGGAGGAAUCAUUUUUGUAAACCAUUGAUUUGUGAUUGUUUACAGAAGAUGAGAAGGAUGAUAGGAUUAAUGUUUCCAAAAUUCAACUAAAGAGACGCAUGCCUGUUCUUCCUUCGCUGCCACCACAUAUCCAAAAAGCAAUUGGGAUUAGGUAUUUUUUAAAAGGCUUUAUAUCAUUGGGGGCAUUAAUGGGUUGGUUGUUGG